AAAGAAAAUGAAAAUAAUGAAGAAGAUAGAAAAAGGAAGUUUACUCUGUCAUCUCAAAGGCUUUUUAAAAUUUUGACUGUCUCUCCUUGCUUAAAUUGAUCGUUAGCUUCCUUCUGGAAGAACAAAAAAUGCUACUUAAAAAUUGAAACAGCGUUAGGCACCAACCCCUCUUAGCAAUCUAACAUAAAAAGCCUGCUUAAAAACCUAUAUUCUCAUACAAGCCACAUUCAACUCUCUCUCUCUCUCUCUCUCUCUCUCUCUCUCUCUCCAAGCUUUUGCAGCUCAAAAAUCUCUCUCAAGUCUCCUCUUUAGCCCCCUGGGUACUGUUGAUUUUCGCCAUUGCUGCUUGUUGUAACUUGGGGCACUUGCUCUCUGGUGAUUUUAUGGGAGUUGUAGGAGCCCUCUAUCAAUAAUCUUGUAAACUAACUCGUACUCUUUCAAAGGGCUCCUAAAACUCCCAAGUUAUCUACUUCUUUGCAAGCUUUGUGCCAAAGAGAACAAUACAUCAACAUACAACAAUUGGCAGUUAACCAACCAGUAUUCAGAUCCAUUUUCCAAUUGAUGGGAGAGAUGUCAAGCUUCCAAUUGGGUGUUAUCGGUGCCCUGUUUCUUUCAGUUGCAUCAUCUGUCUCUAUUGUCAUAUGCAACAAAGCUUUGAUGAGCAAUCUUGGAUUCCCUUUUGCUACAACACUCACUAGCUGGCAUCUCAUGGUAACAUUUUGCACCCUUCAUGCGGCGCAACGCUUCAGUCUGUUUGAGAAUAAAUCAAUUGACAUGAAGACUGUGAUGCUCUUUGGCAUCCUCAAUGGUGUUUCCAUUGGACUUCUCAACUUGAGCCUUGGAUUUAACUCCAUUGGAUUCUAUCAGAUGACAAAACUUGCAAUCAUACCAUUCACUGUAUUAUUGGAAACAAUCUUCCUAAAAAAGCAAUUCAGCCAAAAGAUAAAGCUGUCCCUCUUUCUUUUACUUGUUGGAGUUAGCAUUGCCUCUGUAACGGAUCUCCAACUCAAUUUUGUUGGGACAAUCCUUUCUCUCCUUGCCAUCGUCACCACAUGUGUUGGGCAAAUUCUGACAAACACCAUACAGAAGAGGCUCAAUGUCUCUUCAACCCAGUUGCUGUACCAGUCAGCUCCAUUUCAAGCAGCUAUUCUUUUUGUCUCAGGUCCUUUGGUAGAUCAGCUCCUCACCAAGCAAAAUGUGUUUGCUUACAAAUAUUCCCCUAUAGUCUUGGCAUUCAUCAUCCUUUCAUGCAUUAUUUCUGUAUCUGUCAACUUUAGCACAUUUCUGGUUAUUGGUAAAACAUCCCCAGUCACAUAUCAAGUUCUUGGUCACCUCAAGACUUGCCUGGUUCUUACCUUUGGCUAUACGCUUCUGCAUGACCCUUUUACAGACAGGAACAUCAUUGGAAUCUUGAUAGCCAUUUUUGGUAUGGGUUUGUAUUCAUAUUUUUGCGCCCAAGAGAACAAAAAGAAACAACCUGAUCCAUUGGGGUCUCAGAUGAAAGAUAAGGAUGCAACACCAUUUCUGGCCCUCGAGAAAGAAGGCCAUGAGGUUAAAAAUUCAGACAAGGAUUCCCUUGUCUAAAGCAAAACAAGAUUUUGUGUCUUAAGUUGUUCUUUCAAACAUUUUGUACCUCGAGCGUAAAUGACUUCAAUUCUUUAAAUAAACCCACCCAUUUUCCAAUUCAUCUGCUCUUCCCCCUUUGCAAUUGUAGUUUCAAAGUAAUUAUCAAUAAAUGUCAAAGAAAUAAAUCAAAAGAUUUUAU